GGCAUUUUCGAAACUAAACAAAUUACAUGGAUUUCAGUUAAUGAUAAUUCUUAGCGGUUUGAGUUUGAAUGUAUUGUUUGGUUUCUAUUUCUCAAUUUUUGGAGGAUUUACGAAGAAUUCGAAUAAAACGAGCAUCAACUUUCAACGUAUUUCCAACAUAACGAAUGAAAUAUUGUGGAGUUUGUAUUAUUUGGUCAGAUUUGUGUUUAUAUGUGUUGUUGCUGCAAUAGUAACAGAAAAGGCAAACACACCAAAAAGGAUCAUUUGCGAUAUCUUGGACAAAACAACAACAGAUACAGUAAAACAAAAGCUAUGGAUUUAUUUGUCUUAUACGGUAAUUAAUAAAUUACAAUUCACUGCUUGUGGCUUUUUUAAAAUUAACAAAGCUCUGAUAACUUCGGCAGUUUCUAUGGGUACUACAUACUUAGUCAUUUUAGCUCAAUUCCAAAAAAAAUAA